AUGGCGUCCAGAGAACGGAACCUCUGUCCACUGGGACGCCCCAGCCAGUGCCAGGGCUGCCCCCUAAGGAAUCCAGCUGGCCUCAGUGGCUUGCACCCUAGGGAGGGCUCAGGUGUGGCCCAAGGUAUAAAGGGCGCCUCCCUCCCGGGCCGGCAGGUGCGCCUGGACUCCUGCGGCCACCCCAGCUCGUGCGCUGCUGCCCCCACCAUGCACGGCAGCCCCCCGCUCCGGGGGACCCCGCGCUGCUACACGGCUGAGGAGCUGCCGCUUGGCCACGUGCCCCCCCACCUGCUGGCUCGAGCAGCCAGGUGGGAGCAGGCCCUGCCGGUGGCCCUGGUGUCCAGUCUGGAGGCGGUGGCCCGCCAGAAGCGGCACGAGGCAGCGGCCAGGCCCCAGUGCCCUGUGCUGCACACAGAGGGCGGCCUGGGGGACGGCGUCCACCAACGCUCCAUCUCACCCUGGAGAUACCGCGUGGACUCGGACGAGAGCCGACACCCGCGGAAGCUGGCCUGGGCCGAGUGUCUGUGCCGGGGCUGCCUGAGCACGCGGUCGGGCCGCGAGACGCCGGCCCUGAACUCGGUCCCGCUGCUGCAGACCCUGCCGGUGCUGCGCCGCCGGCCCUGUGCCCCGCACGCUGCGGCCGCGCCCCUGCCCGGAGCUGUGGCCUUCCACACGGAGUUCAUCCAGGUGCCGGUCGGCUGCACCUGCGUGGUGCCCCGCUCGGCACCUUGA